UGAUUCGAGAUUUGGAAUCCGACUAAGUACACACUACACCCAGCGUGCUGGUAAAGCAAACAAAACACGUACUGACUAAACUAAAAAAAACACAGAAUCCCCAAAUGCAAAAUUAAAUCUCAAAUUUUUUAAUUUCCUUAUUUUUUCAAUUAUCAUCUUUCAAUCGAUUAAACUAUCCAAAUAUUAUCUUUUCCACAUUUUCGAAUUUUUGAUUUCACCCGGGCACCGGAAUAUUCCAAUCCACGGUUUCAGUUGCUCGAUUCUAAUCAAGUUUUUUGAAACCUUCUGUGAUGAGUUAGUGUUCAUGAGUUGCAUGUGCUGGAUUUUUCAAUGGAAACAGUAGUUGAUAUUGUGGGAAAUGAGGAAGCUAAAGUUGAAGAUAGUGUUGCUGCAAGAAAUAAGCCCACUCCAACCUCCCUGCAAAUGAUUGCUGAUCCUGUUGUAUAUCAGCUUGUUCGGGUUGAUGGAAAUGGGAGAUUAGUGCCUGCGACUGAGGAUGAAGUUAUGGAAGUAGAGGACUUGCUCGAAGAUGACAAGAGCGAAAAUAGAUUUGUUUCAGACUCUGGACAAACUGUGGAAUGCAAUACAAAUUGCGAACAUGAUCUGGAUAAACUUCAGUUCAAAGCUUCAGAAGGGUUACCACUUGAUAAUGUAAAACUUGAUGAUGAAACCCCAAAUGUGCCACCCGAUCCUGUAGCUGAUUUUGAGAAAGUAAAUGUUCAACCUGAGCAAAGCGUUGCUCUGUUGGCUCCAACUGCAGAUUAUGUCAGUAUUUUCCAACUUGAGGGAUCCCCAAAACCUUCCAAUGGAUUGGUUGAGAACGAGACCUCCACUUCUGCCAUUGGUACUAGUUCAAAGCCUGAUUUUUCUACGUUGAAAGGUGAGAUACACGUGGAUAAUCUUACAGUAAAAGAACUUCAGGAGACUUUCAAAGCAACUUUUGGAAGAGAAACUUCUGUCAAGGACAAGCAAUGGCUCAAGAGGAGGAUAUUAAUGGGAUUGACCAAUUCAUGUGAUUUCUCAACCACGACUUUGGUCAUCAAAGACAACGGAGUGGUAAAGAAAUGUAAAGAAGAAACCUCUAAUAGUGUGGAACACAAUAUUUUGAAAGACCCGGAAGUUGGAUCUACGAGCGAGAACCAUGAAAGUUCACCGACGUUCCAUGAUAGCGAGAAGGAAAGCCACUCAAACGCCACAGGCAUGAAAUUGCAGGAUUAUCCAACAGUGGAUAAUUAUGGAAACGAAGAUACUAACACAGAACAAAGAGCAACAAAAAGAGUCCGAAAGCCUACCAAACGAUAUAUUGAAGAACUUUCAGAAGGAGAAUCAAGGGAUUCCUGUGCAAAGUUAAUCUCCUCGGUCGGCCAUCGUGCGUAUAGUCAGCCAUCCACAAACAUGCAUGUAACACCUGUUCAAAAAGUUGGACUAGAUGGAAGAUGGCUCAUAAGGCGAGACUCACUUGGAGGUUCUGGAGUUCAGGUUCCAUAUGUUUCCAGGAUUCGCCGGAGCCGUCCGAGGGAAAACUUUAUGACUCUCAUGCCUGUUACUUCAUCUGAUAAGCUGUACACUGAAAGGAAAGUUGAGCUGGAGGAGCUUAAGAACUUGGAUUCAAAUGAGAAUUCAGAUGAUGACACGGUAGCUAUGCCUGCAGCAACUGGAAGAAUGAGGAGGAAGCAUCAUCGACCUUGGACUCUAAGUGAGGUUGUUAAGCUAGUUGAAGGGGUCGCCAAAUAUGGUGCUGGUAGAUGGUCUGAGAUUAAACGCCUUGCCUUCGCAUCUUAUUCUUAUAGAACCUCUGUUGACCUCAAGGACAAGUGGAGGAAUCUGCUGAGAGCUAGUUUUGCACAGUUGCCAGCUGAAAAGGGGAUGCAGAAUUCCCGUAAACAUGCUUCAAUUCCGAUCCCUGCUCCAAUUCUGUUACGAGUAAGAGAAUUGGCUGAAAUGCAAGCACAGGUUCCUCCGAGCUUCAGCGCAAGCAAGUUUGCUGGACACACUGGUAGCGAUAGAAGUGGUGUACAUGAAUAAGUCCAGAGUUCUCUUAGUAUUGCACAUACCAGAUUUUAGUUGUCUAAAUUAGGAGCAAGUUUGAUAGAACUGUCGUUACUGUAACUGUUUGGUAUCGCGUUGAUUGUUGGGCAUUUCUUGGACGAAUAAUAGUUUGUGGACUACGAUAACUGGUGUUUGUUAUUUUGAGGCUCAAGUCAUUUCGAGGUGCCACUCGUUCAAUAUUUGUAGCUUAACGUGUAAUGAAGCAGAGAAAUCUUUUGCCUUUUACUGUCAAAAUUUAGAUCCAAAUCUGUGCUUAAAUGUGUAAGAAAACAUGUACAAUGAGCAUGCAAGCUGGCAGAAUGAGUACUGGGAAGAAUGAAAAUUUACAGCAUGCUCAAAUGUUUUUGAGUUUUGCCAUUCAAACAGGGCCAAUGACAGGAACACCUCGGUCUUUGUUA